CAACGACUCAUUCAAGCACCCGUCGUCAACCAGUUCACACGGAAAUCGUGUGUGUAAAAAAAGAAAAAAUCCAAGAAAAUACUCAAAAGAUAUUUUCAAGUGAAAAAAGUGUGAAAAACUAUCAAUUAAGACUUAAAGAAACACAGAAAACUCCCCAAAAAUGGCGGAGGACGAGCAAUUUUCAUUGUCAUGGAACAAUUUCAACAGUAAUCUGUCGGCGGGCUUCCAUGAGUCGCUCUGCCGCGGAGAUCUCGUCGACGUGACGCUAGCUGCUGACGGGCAACUCGUAAAAGCUCACCGUUUAGUAUUAUCCGUGUGUUCGCCGUAUUUCCGCAAGAUGUUCACACAAAUGCCGGCGAACCAGCACGCCUUCGUUUUCCUCAAAGACGUAAGUCACGCCGCCCUCAAGGACCUCAUUCAGUUCAUGUAUUGCGGCGAAGUGAAUGUGAAACAAGACGCAUUGCCCGCCUUCAUUAGCACGGCAGAGGCGCUGCAAAUCAAAGGACUGACCGAAACCGGAGAAAGUGUGCCUCAGACGCAGCCCCAGACAACGACGACAGUGUUGACGGCGGCGCCCGUCACUGUUGCGAAAGAAAGCACGCGAAUUACCACAGUACCUGUGCACCAAACGAUCGCGACGACAAGCAGAACCUUCAAAUCGCCGCGCGUGAGUGCAACGACCGCUUACAAACUUGCCGCAGCGGCUGGCGAUUCGGAAGACAGUGCCGACGACAAAGUUGUGCAAGCAAUGACGAUGCAGGCACAGGCAACCUCGACUCCCGCAACGGUUCAUACGACGGUAAAACGCACGCAGAAGAGUAUCACGCCCCAAAGUGCGCCCGCAAGUAAACGCAUGAAGGUACAAACGAGUACGGCGGAUCCGCUUGAGGCUGUCGAACCCACGCAAAUUACGAUGCACGGCGACAAGGAUGACGAAUUUAUCAAUAUUCCGAUUGAGCAAUUGCAAAACCCAAAGACGGAGCCGCAUGACACGCAAUAUGCGGAACAGGCGAGUGCGGCACAAGUUACGGAAGUUGAGGGACACGAACAGGAUACGACUUAUGUUGAGGAUGAUGGCACUUAUGGCGAAAUCGCAAAGUACGACGACAGUUACUUUACGGAAGGCGAUGAAACGGCAAAGGCAGGACAAUCUUCGUUUGGCGAAUCGUACACGGCGACAACGGAUCAAGGACAGGAAGCACAAGAGUUUAGUUUUCAGAUGCAAGGAAAUCAUCGCGUUGGAUGGGAUUUGACCUCGAGAAAGCAUCCAUUACUCUUGGUUGACGGUUACGCAUUUUUCCGCAGCGGAAAUUACAAUCGAACUGUUUAUUGGUGUUGUGUGAACGUAAAAAAGACACGUUGUUCCAUCCGUUGCAAAACCACAAUGGACAGCAAUUGGGUACACGGCUUAACUGGCAAAUUCCACAAUCAUCGCCCCUACUCGAAACGUGCAGGCGCCAAAGCAAAUCCCUUCGUUGGUCGUCCCUCAACCUCGUCUCGUCUCGCCGCAAUUGAACGCCCAAUUCGCCCAUUUGCUCCGCCUGCCGCGCCGCAAGCAAUCCCGCCCUUGCCGCAACUCACAAUCCGCAAAAAUGUCGGCAGACCAAAACCGAAAAAAUUACUCUCGACAUCCUUGCCAUUGCCGCUCCCCGCACCGACACAAAUUACCGCAACAAAUGACGAAAUUACGACAGAGCCCGAACAAAUCAUCACCGGAGAUAAUCACGAGCAUCUCGACGACUCGUUGUCGAAUCAACUUAUGAAUUUCCUGAAUCCCGACAUUGAGAUCAAAUCUGAACCGAAUUCCGAGAUUGACGAGGACUAUCUCGACUAAAACGGUUUCUUUUAAUAUUAAAAAGCAAAAAAAAUAUUGGAAAAAUAUUCCGUAGAGAUUUAGAAUUUUUUUUAGUUAGAAAUUUUUUUGUCAGCAAUUUCCUUUUUUUUUAAUUAAACGGUAGUUAGUGACUAAAUUAUUCUUGUCAAUCCAUAAAAAUGUAAAAUUAAAUAACUAAUGGACAACAUUCUAAGACAUUAUGACAUUUAUUAAGUUAGA